AUGGAAAUGGAAUUAAUAUCUAGAGAAACCAUCAAACCCUCUGCAUCCACCCCUCCUUCCCUCACUAAUUAUCCUCUCUCCCUGAUAGAUAAUAUCGUUGCUCCAAAUUCAGUGCCAUUACUUCACUUUUAUCCAAACAAAAGCUGUGAACAUGAUUCUUAUGAUGCCCCAGGCCAAGUUUAUGACCAAGGAUCCAAAAUAUUAAUGCUCAAGAAAUCCUUAUCUAAAGUUUUACACAUAUACUACCCAGUUGCUGGUAGGUUGAAAGAUAAACGUUCCAUUGACUGCAACGACCAAGGGGUGUCAUUGCUUGUCACCAGGUUCAAAUGCAAGCUAUUUGUGGUUGCUCAGAACCCCAGUGAAGCAUUGCUGAACCCUUUAUUCCCUGAUGAGUUGAAUUGGAAGGACAUGGGUUCAAGUUCAAGUUUAGUGGCUAUUCAAAUCAACUGUUUUGAAUGUGGGGGAAUGGCAAUCAGUGUGUGUAUGUCUCACAAGGUUGGUGAUAUUUCCACUCUCUUCAACUUCAUCAAUGACUGGGCCAACUUGAACAGAUUUGAAGAAGGAGAAUUAACUUUCCCAGUGUUUGAUGUAGGAGCUUCAAUGUUCCCACAAGGGGACUUGCCAGUUUUACCAGAAUUUGUGUUUGUGAAACAGAACACAGCAUGCAGAAGGCUUGUGUUUGAUGGGUCGAAGAUUGAGUCCCUUAAGGCUAUUGUAUCAUCCCACCAGGUGGAAAAUCCUACGCGUGUUGAAGUUGUUAUUGCACUUAUUUACAAGUGUGCUGUUUCUGCUUUGAGACUAAAUAACAACACACCUUUGCUUGUUACUAUCAACCUCCGCAGAAGAAUGGUUCCUCCACUUCCUGACAAGUCUAUUGGAAACUUGGUUUGGAGCUUCAGCGCUUCCAACCAAUGCAUGGAACACGAGAGGGAAAUGGAAUUACAUGAUUCGGUAAGCAAAAUGAGAGAAGGGUUAUCUGAGUUUUGUGACAAAAAUGUGAAAAACUUUGGGGAUUUUUCAUUUGUGUAUGAGUUCCUAAAAAAAGUUACUUCUUUCCUAGAGAAGAAAAAACAAGCAAGUUCAACUUCAGUGUCCCCUGAUAAGGAGAAGGAAAGUUCAUUCUUUUUUGCCAGCUGGUGCAGAUUCCCAAUUUAUGAAGCGGAUUUUGGGUGGGGCAAGCCAAUAUGGGUGACAACUAGUGGCUGCUCCGCGAGGAAUAGCAUAAUUUUAAUGGACACAAGAGAUGGGGAUGGGAUUGAAGCGCUUGUGUUCAUGGAAGAGAAAGACAUGGUCAUGUUUGAGCGUGAUGUGGAGCUUCUUCAAUAUGCCUCUCUUAGUCCAAACCGAUGGACAUGCUAA